CCCGCCUGCGGGAACCGGAGCGGCUUGAAGCAGGCGUUUAAAGAUGGCGGCAGCGGUGCGGAGUGGGGGACGGUUUUCCUGAGGCGGCCGAGCUCACUCUCCCCCCCCCCACUCGCGGAGGAGCGGCCGGGACACCGGGGAUGGCCCAGGUUGGUUCUGGCCCUGCGGGGCGGCGGGAGGGCGUGCACGAGUGGGCCUGCGUGGCCAGUAACCCCUCCGUUCCCACAGGCCGCGGCGCCUGCGGGGGCCGCCCGGCCCGGCCCGCCGCGCUGCUCGCCGCUCGUGUCGCGUGGUCCCCGGGCCGGCGCCGCCAGGAGCCUCUCCCCGAGCGGCCGAGGCACCGACAUCCCGUCGCUCGAGCGGGUGGAGACUGCGCUCACCGGCGGGUGUUGCCGGAGCCGCUUCCCCCGCCCCCGGCCGAAGGGUCCUUCCCUCAAAACUCGUGUUCGGUUUUGUUCAGGGGGCUUGGGGAGGGCUGGGCUUGGUUUCUUGUUUCCCGCUCGCCCCCAGCCGUUCCUGCUCGCUCCCGCCGUGGGAAUGCGUUCAGAGUAGCAGAAGGAAGAAAAACGCCAUGGUUUCCCACCCUCCCGCACACCUCCCUGGCAGUGAGGUGAUGGGGAGCAGCAACUCUGGCGUGAGUUUCUACACGGCAUCGUGUUCUGAAGGGAGGUGAGGGGGCGGAUUUCCGCUGCACACAUGGUUUGUGCAGGGCAGAAGAGCGUGUCUCCCUUGCGCGGAGUUCGGGAGAAGAGCCAGCCCCUCACCGAUGCCCCUCCACUUUUUGUAGUUGUGGUGCGUUGGACGGUGAAGAUAAGGUGGUGUGUCUGUCCGGAACUCUCAGGAUUCUUCUUCAUGCAUUCCUUCUGUUAAUAGUGAAGUACAGUUAUAUCUUCCUCUAAAUUAUCCUGUUACAGACUUAAAAUGUUUUUUUCUCCUAACUUCCUUCACCUUUUUUUUUUGCUAGAAAAAUGCAAGUCUCUCUUUUGCACCUAUUUUCCGUAUGUGUCAGGCUUAUCUAUAAAGUCCAUUUGUCCGCUGGGAGGCCGGAUCCCCCUGACGUCCAGGCGUCGCUCCCUCAUAAACUGGGAUUGAGGGCUUACUGGGUGAACCCAUUCAAUUGCUUUACUUCCUUAGGUUGAGAGUUACAGAUAUUGGAGUUAAAGCUUUAAUUUUUCUUUUGUGUCUCCCUUCUUCCUUCUGUUUAGGUAACUGAACUUAAGGGCUUGUGUUUUUAAUUCUGGACGAGAAGUUAGGUGACUAGUUCUUUUGGGCAGCUCCUUUUGACUGCCAGGAUUACUCUGCUUUUUUAGAGAAUGUGAGGGGAAUCUGAUUCUAUGUCUGUCGUUUUUCUUUACAAGUAAGAAGCUGUUUGUGAUGUGAAAGUAAGACUUUUUUUUUCUUCUUCCUAGGCCCUGAUUUGCGUAUUUUUCAAAAAAGUUUUGUGGUUUUCAUAUUUAAUUGAAUCCACGUAAACCCUGCUAGAAAACUGGUCAAGAUACAAAGGCAGAAAUUGUUUUGCUAUUUCUGAUGGUACCUUUCCAAAAUUAUGUACUCUCCUUGUUCCAAAAUGGGAUGAAGUCUUAUGAACUAGAGAAGUUCUUCAGCCUUGUGUGUAUUUACCACUGAUAAUGGCUGGGCCCAUACUGCCUUUUGUUAGACUGCCUUGAUCACUUACAUGAAGUGGUUGUUUCCUUCAGAAUCUUUCUAUUCUAUAGACUUCCUGUAUGUAGUAGUUAAUUUACAGACUAUUUUUCUUUUGAGACUUCCUGUUCUGGUUUAAAAAAAACCAAAAACAAACCAAACUGAACAAAAAAACCCAAACAAACCCAAGAAACAGUCUCCUUGUGUUGCUGGCUUGUUUGUUUGCAGGGUGUUUUUUGUUUGGUUGGUUUUUUUGUUGGUUUGUCGUUUUGGUUUGGAUUUUUAGCAGUUGAUAAUAGAAUUAAAUUGUUUUUAGGACUGUGUAUAUCAAAAAAGACGAUAUAAUGAAAAGAAGGUAGGUGAUUGUGAAUGAGUAAUUACUUUGAUAAGGGUUAAAACUGGGUGGACCUUUAGGCAUGAUCAAUACCUCAUGAAUUCUGCUCUGCUGAGUUGCCAUUUGGAGCUGGAGGAUGAGGAAGACUUUGUAUUUGGAGAGCUAAUAAAGAGAGUUUGCUCUGAGCCACUCUUCCUUCUGGGCUCCACUGAAUGUGAAGUAAGCGGUUUCUGACAAGUCAUCCAGUUGCUUUUUAAAAGCGAUUUUUGAAGAGAGAUGCUGUGAUAUGCUGUUCCUUGUUCCUGGUUGCAGCUACAGGUAUUAACGAAGAAAAUAUGUUCUUUAUUGAACUGACUUGUAAGAUGGCCAACAUGCUACACACUGAAGGGAGUUCCUCUUUGAGUCUGAGCAGUGCUGAUUACAAAUUCUAAGAUUCUGUUUUUGUCCUGUCUUGACCAGAGAUACCCUUUUUCUCUCUGUACUUCCCCCAGCCAUCCCCGAUGUGCCUGUUCUGAUUGCAGGAAUAGGCAGUGGUACAUAUUAAACAAAGAACUGGUUGUUGCUUUUUUCUUUCUGCCUUCAAAGAACAUCUAUAAAACAACCAAGAUACUGGUUUUGUUGGGAGCUGUGCAGUCUGCUAGAUAGAUUUUAGGUGCCCACCAUAUAUCAGUUUCUUUGAGUUUACUUUAUGAUAUGAAACUUUUUCAAAAUAAGAGCAAGCAGUUAAAAAUGUGACAUUUCUGUGUGUUGGUGAUCUGCAGAACAUGAGCUGUGCGUUUGUAUUUCCAGCAGUUCAUCCAGAGUUCCUUCAGUGCUUUGUACUGGCUGUUCCAGAUGUCAAUGGUAUUCUGUUUUUUUUUUUUAAGGAACCCUUAUGGAAACCAUUGAUGGAACUUUGUAGACCCCUGGAGAAUAAAAUCUGUUCUUUCAGGGCAAGUUUAUUAAGGAUGAGAAUGCACAGACUAACUUAUGUUGCAUUAUGUUGUAUUCUAAUAUUAUAUAGCCUAGUAUGCUGAGUCUGUUUUACACAUGGUUGUUGAGUUCCCUUGAUCUAAGGAUUGUUGGGCUGUUUUUAACCUACAGGCUCAUCUAACUCAUCCUUUUAGGUUUCAUCCCUCUGUCUUUCUUUGAAACACCUGAUAUCUAAGGAAAAAUCCUUAUUGGUUUUGGGGGUUUGUGUGUGGUUUUUGUUUUUGUUUUCCAGCCCCUGAUAUAAAGGGCAUAUUGUAACACAGUUGGCAAGAAAGUAGAUGGGAAUUGGACUUGUGUUACUCCACUUCUCCCUGGCUUUUUGUAGCUCAUAGGAAGGUAUUGUAGCCCACUGUAACUGUAAAGCUGCCAGACUGUUAUCUCACCCUAGGGAUGUGGCAGGUUCAUGGCUAGCAGUGCAAAAGUUGUUUAAACUCAUCUCGGUCUGGUACUUUUUCUGGCCACAGUGUAUGUUCUGAUUAUAGCAGACAAUCCCUGGCAGUGAUUUCAUAUGCUGUUCGUUAUUUCAAGGCCAACAAAAAUUUCAUUGUUAAUAGUGCUUGAAUAUAAUAACGACGUCUUUUCUGCAAAAAGCGGAGGUGUAGUAUCAUCGAACUGCCAAAGCUAGGCAGGUAAAGAUUAAUUUCUUGUGUUUUGACAUUAGUGUUGGUAAAACACUCUUUAGCGUAGGAGCAGAACGUGUAUCGGUGAUGUGGAAACUGCAUUGACAAUCAUGUCUUAUGACUUGCCAGAAAUAGUCUUUCUGGUCGGACCAGGUAGCUCCUUGAUCAUACUGCUCUUUCAGAUUCUAGAAUACCAAUUUCAGUGUUUCGUUUCUGUGUGGUUUACUUCUGUUUGCUCUUUUAAAGAGUCUUUUGAAGACUCUAAGGUGGAAAAAAUAGAUUACUUAGGCAUUUAGUUUCUAGGAGUUACUGAACUUGUACUGUGACUUUUGAUUCUUCUAUUUAGAAUUAACAAUGAAGACACUAAUGAUUUAUUGUGAAGAACUUAAAAAUAUGUCAUUCACCUUUUUGUUUUCUUUUUAAUCUAAAGAUAAAGAAGGGGGAAGGUUAUUAGGCAAAUAUAUUUCUCGAGCUGUUCUGUAUAACAUUAGGUGUUUCAGAACCUGUUGAAAGAAGAAGGAAUUGAUCACGGCUCAGGUGAUUGUAUGAUCAUCUUAUAGAAUGGGAUGAAUUGAAUUAUCUAGAAUUUCUUGUCUUACUGGUGAAUGAGCUCUUUUUCAUUCUGGAAGGUAAUAUGUUUGUAUCACAAAAGAUGGGAUUAUUUUAGAGCUUUUAUCAAAAUGGAGUAUGUUUGCAUAGUAAACCUACAAUGCCUGUCAAGCUUAGUGUUGAAUGUGCCAAUUUUGAGUAUAAUAAAAAAAAUAACAAAACUAAACCUGUUCUGCUGCCCCAGCAAAACUUUAGUGCCCGAUGACUAAAAUAAGUUUGCCCUGUUGUAUAUUUUGUUUUCUUCCAGAUUCCAGGUAGGUAGAUUCUAUAUGCUGUUGAAUUGUAAUUGAUCCCACCAUAACUCCCAAUUCCCAGCUUCCUGCCUUGCCCUGGUUGGUGUUUGGAUAUUGCUGUUUGUUUGGUCUGUCUAUGCUGGUCUAGAGACACAUUAGAGAAUUAUAUUUGGCUUCUCUAAGUCCCUCAUGACAACCCAGACGUUCUGCCCUGUUGCCUUCGAAUGUUAUACAGCAAUGUCAGGACUCGAGCUUAUCUUUCUGGAAUAUUUGAGUAGGUUUUCUCUGCUACCUGGAAGUACCAGCUGGCUGUCUUGAGCAGAGUAACGCUGCUUUAUUUCUAGCUCGUAGGAAGAUUUAAGGCCAGUUUGGGGUGGUAUGGAGGGACUUGGAGAAACCAAAAUAGCAGGUAAGAAAUGAUCCUUCCUUUCCCCAGGUGCUUAUGGUCCUGCACAGAUUACAAAAGUAUAAUUGAAGAAGCCAUCUUAGACAUGGUAGAAAGAACCCGCUUAUGUAAAAAACCAAACAAAAUAAGACCAAAACAAAAUCAUACACCCCCACCUCCUGUAAAAUUUCAUAGAGCGAUUGAAUGUUUUUGUCAGAGUCAGUUACUUAAAACGCUGGCUUCUAAAUGCCCGCCAGAAUUAGUCUGAGCUUUUACUCUAGACCUGAAUUCCUCAGACAUACAAAUGUAUGGUCACAUAAUAGUAUAGAAUAUAAGAUCUAAUGUCUAAUAUCUGGUUAUCUAGAGGUUAAUUUUGUGGGUUUAGUAAAUUAUGAGAUUUCCUGUUAAAACUUGCAAUGAGAUUUUAAAAGUACCUAAUAACUUAAACUUUCAAGAAGCUAGAAGACUAUAGUUGUUAAAAUCUUGUUGGCUUUGCAGAUUGUCUAGCUGUAAGCUAAUUACCCUUUCUGCUGUAUGGGUAAGUAUGGCUUGAAUACCACAUUAUUUUAAAUAAUGGGAGAAUUCUCCCCAAAUGCAGAGUUUUUAGUCUGGUGCCUACAAAUGCCAUGCUUAAUGCCCUGCCUGCUAACUAAGCAGAGGUGGUGUGUCCUGGUGUACAGAUCAAGCAGUAAAAACAAUCUAGUUUCAGCCCAACUUGAAAUGGUAUCAGGGUGCCCUGUUUUUUUCCACUGUGAGAAUGUCACUCUUCUAAUUGAAAUUUAUGCCAGAAGGAGUGACACUUUUUUCUUUUUGCCUGGAAUACUUUUCCCUCUUUUUUUUUUCCUGACAAAGAUUUUUUUCUUUUUCUUCUUGUAGGUUGAAAGAAGAAAGGGAGACCUGCUUGGCCAUUGAAGAUGCAGUCUUAGUCUUCAGCUAUUUAAGCUGAAUGCAUUGUGAUUUCCAAUAAUUGAGACAGUGAUUCUGAAAGCUGUCUACAUUAAUGAAAAGAACAAUGUAGUCAGCUUAACUGAAUCAUCAGUGUUGCAUAUUGAAUAGAACACGAUAAACCAAUCUUGAUGGACUUAUGCGUGUUAGGAAUAUAGACAUAAACAUUUAUUAAAUCGUUGCUUUUUUUAAAAACAGUAGUUUUAAAAAUGGAUCAAUAUGAAAAUGUACCACCCCUCCCUAAAGAACCUGCAAGAGAAAUGAAUGUGGAGAGUCACACUUGUCCCCCACCUCUGCCGCCUAACGAACAGCCUCCACCACCUCCCCUGCAAACGUCCAGUGACGCAGAGGUAAUGGACGUUGGCUCUGGUGGUGAUGGACAGUCAGAUACCCCUGCUGGGGACACGCACAGUAUCUGCAGAACACAGCUGCUCACAAAGGGAUCUGCCUGCUACAAAAGUCGUCUUAUAGUAGACCCUAAUAAUAGCGACCAAAGCCCAAGAACUGCUCGUCAUGCACCUUCAGUUCGAAAGUUCACCCCAGAUCUUAAGUUACUUAAAGAUGUAAAAAUUAGUGUUAGCUUUACAGAAAGCUGCAAAAGCAAAGAUAGGAAAGUUCUGUACACUGGAGUUGAGCAGGAUUAUAAGGCAGAUACAGAUUUUGGUAUUAAUAAUGUCAAUGGGGAUUUGCAUGCUUGUCCUUUUGGUGGUAGUAAUGGUAAAGCUGUAGGAAUAGGGGGUGAAAAUGAUGACAAGAAGGAUGAUGAGAAUGAUAUUGAGCAGGAAAAGAGAGUGGAAUAUGCAGUUCUGGAUGAGCUAGAAGAUUUUACCGACAAUUUGAUGGAAAUAGAUGAAGAAGGAGGAGGGUUCACAUCUAAAGCAAUCGUUCAAAGAGAUAAAGUGGAUGAAGAAACCUUGAAUUACUCGUAUGAGGAUGACUUUGAUAAUGAUGUGGAUGCUCUGCUGGAAGAGGGUCUUCGAGCACCCAAAACAAGGAGAGUAGAAAAUGAGAAAUAUGGUGGUGAAAGUGAUCACCAGUCUGAUGGAGAAACAACUGUGCAGCCAAUGAUGACCAAAAUUAAAACCGUACUUAAAAGUCGUGGCCGCCCUCCUACAGAACCUUUGCCAGAUGGAUGGAUCAUGACAUUCCAUAACUCAGGCAUUCCUGUAUAUCUGCACAGAGAAUCUAGAGUUGUUACCUGGUCUAGACCUUACUUCUUGGGCACAGGAAGCAUAAGGAAACAUGAUCCUCCACUUAGUAGCAUUCCCUGCCUGCAUUACAAAAAAAUGAAGGAAAAUGAGGAAAGGGAACAAAACAAUGACAUAACCCCAAACGGGGAAGUAUCACCUGUAAAGCACCUCGAUAAAUCUUCAGAACUGGACUGCCAAACAGAAGAACCAGACUCUACUGCCGCUGAUUCCGGGCCUUUAGAUGACAAAGACCCUUCAGGGGGAGAUGCAGCACAAGGAGCCUUAGGACAAGUUAAGGCCAAAGUUGAAGUGUGUAAAGAUGAAUCUGUAGAUCUGGAAGAUUUUAGACACUAUCUUGAAAAACGUUUUGACUUUGAACAAGUUACUGUAAAAAAAUUCAGAACCUGGGCUGAGAGACGGCAAUUCAAUCGCGAAAUGAAGCGGAAGCAGGCGGAAUCCGAGCGGCCCAUCCUGCCUGCCAAUCAGAAACUCAUCACCUUGUCUGUGCAAGACGCACCUACAAAGAAAGAAUUCGUCAUUAAUCCCAAUGGGAAAUCCGAAGUUUGUAUACUGCAUGAAUAUAUGCAACGAGUCCUAAAGGUUCGCCCUGUUUACAAUUUCUUUGAAUGUGAGAACCCAAGUGAACCUUUUGGAGCCUCAGUGAUCAUUGAUGGAGUGACUUAUGGGGCAGGAACUGCCAGCAGCAAAAAACUUGCCAAGAAUAAAGCUGCUCGAGCUACACUGGAAAUCCUUAUUCCCGACUUUGUUAAACAGACCUCUGAGGAGAAGCCCAAAGACAGUGAAGAACUUGAGUAUUUUAACCAUAUCAGUAUUGAAGACUCACGGGUAUAUGAACUCACCAGUAAAGCUGGACUCUUGUCUCCAUAUCAGAUUCUCCAUGAGUGCCUUAAAAGAAACCAUGGAAUGGGUGACACAUCCAUAAAGUUUGAAGUGAUUCCUGGUAAAAAUCAGAAGAGUGAAUAUGUCAUGACUUGUGGCAAACACACGGUGCGAGGCUGGUGCAAAAAUAAAAGAGUGGGGAAACAGUUAGCUUCGCAGAAAAUCCUACAGCUACUGCAUCCGCAUGUGAAAAAUUGGGGCUCUCUUUUGCGUAUGUAUGGUAGAGAGAGUAGCAAGAUGGUUAAACAGGAAACGUCUGAUAAAAGCGUGAUAGAACUUCAGCAGUAUGCCAAAAAGAACAAGCCAAAUCUGCACAUCCUUAACAAGUUACAGGAAGAAAUGAAAAAAUUGGCACAAGAAAGAGAGGAAACGCGAAAGAAGCCCAAGAUGACGAUAGUGGAAUCGGCUCAGCCGGGCAGCGAACCUCUGUGUACUGUGGACGUGUAACGAGGAAAUUGACAAGUGGGAGCAAUAACACACAAAUGGAGGAGCUAGAUUUUCAACAAUUACUUAAAAAUUGUUUGCUGCAGAAUGUGAGAUACCUUUUAAAAUCCAAGCUGCUUCAGUUACGCAUUGUUCUUUUGCAUCGUCAGGGCAAUAUUCAAUAUUACUUUUUCCUACUUUGUUUUUCUUUUCUCUUUUUUUUUUUUUUUUUUAAUACCUCUGAGAUGUGUACGUUUAAAGAAUUGAUCCUGAAGAUCUUUCCUUGGGCAAAUGCACAGAGGACAGGCAUGUUCACACAGGAUAUACUCCAUUAAGCACUUUUUCCUGGAAAGCCAUCCACGUUGUUUGCAACGGAUGUGUUCUAAGGAUGGAAUUCAGAUUAUCUAUGUACAGGUCGAAGCUGAUAUUAUAUAUAUACACACAUUCAUAUAUAUGUAUAUAUAAAAGAAGUAUAUGUACAUCUCCUUGUAUGAACAUGCCUCAAACUAUUUUUGUGAAACGUUUUGUUGCAUUUCAGCACAUAAUAAUAUGCACUGAGAAGACACUUUGGUGACAAAUACAUGGAAGUGAUGAGCAAUGUUCCUAAUGCCAUAGGAUUAGGCCAGUAAUGCCAUUUCUUUUGUUCUGUUUUGUUUUUUGUCUCCUGCCAGGCUUAGUUAUUCAAGACCACAGUAUGCAGAUUUUUUUAUUACUUGAAAAGAACAAGUAUACCUGGUAGUGUUAAGAGCAACAGGCUGGAUAUCCAAAAUCAUUGGGUUUUAUGUCAGUUGAAAAGAGCCCGUGUUAGUUUACAGAUGAGUUGAAAGGGGGAAAUGUGGCCCUCUGUAUUUGGUUAAAAUAAAAACUGUCACUUGAAAGGCUGUUUUCAGAGCUUGGAGCCAAACCACAGCUGACCAUGGUCGACAGGCUGGAAAUCCUUUGCCAGUGAGGUGUUUAAAGACCUUCCACUCCCUUCUCCCAGCAAUAAAACAGUUUCUCAUUUGUUUGGAGUCAGAGCACGUCUCACUUGCUCAAUUAAGUCUUAAUUAAUGUGCACUGUAAAAGCAAAGAAUUGAAGAAAAAAAAAAAAAAAAGAAGAAAUAAAACAAACCACAACCCUGAGAAAUCUGAAAUAACUGCAGCAAUUCAGGUUUUUUAAGAAGUUUUUGGUUUUACUUUUUUAACUACAUUUUUAGUUUUUAAAGAAAAAGUGUAACUUCUGCAAUGUAAAUUAGAAUGUAGAUUUGCAAUAUGAUGUAGAGUAAUGAGUAGAAUGAGACCAGAACAGGUUAUACUGAUAAAUAAGAAAAUCACAAAUAUGCAACUAUUAUCAAUACAAUCUUUGACAAAACAGGCAGCGCUCACUGUGUCACCGGAGGCUUUAUGAAACGAGGCACGGAAGAGAGAGUUGUGGCCGUGGUGCCAGCGCUGCUCCGUGGGUUCUGUUCCUCCGGGUGCUGGCAGCGAGUCUCCCCUUGGAGCUGUUGCUGUGGCUUCUUUGGUUUGUUCUCCAGGAGGAGAGUGACCCCCAGGCUGCUGUUGCGGGGGCUCAUCCCAGCGUGGUGCUGCUGAGCGUCCCGGGGUCCCAGUCCCGCUCCCAGCACUGGAUGGGCAGUUUAGUCAUUGCUGCAGCUCCUGGGACCUGGACAGGGAGCUGGGGCUUGCGGGGGUUGUUUUGUUUUGGGGGUUUUUUUGUUGUUUUUUUACCAUGUUAGACAUAGAGUGCUGCAGUAUAAUGAAUUUAGUGCCUACUGGAUUGUAACAAUAUUGGCAUCAGUAUUGUAAGACCUCCUUUUAAUGUCACCUGUUAUUUUGGAUUCUAAUCUGUAUUUCAAAUGGAUGUUCUCUAAGAUGUCACAUAUAAUGUUUGAGGGUAAACGGGAGGACUCUUGGAGUCUUACCUGUUUCUGUGUUUGAAAUGCUCAGAGGUCUCUGCAAAUACGAAUUCACCCAUUUUUUUUAUUGCUAUAUUUAGCUUUUCAGUUCCACGAGUUGUAGUCCUGUUAGAACAGGAUACGGGUAGUUGGAAGGACUAUACAUAAACUAUUAUUUAAAGAAGUGGCCUAUCUGAAAAAAAAAUCUCCAGGAAACACUGCCUCUUUUUUUUUAAUAGCUUUAAUAAAUCUCCAUCUUUCGAAGGGUAUAUGAUAUUGGUGCAGUAGUGACAAGCAGUGAUUACUGUUUGUCUCUCUUUUUAUUGUUUUGUUUUCAUAAAGACAGGGCUUAUAUCUUCUAUGCCUAAAUAUAUUACUCUCUUAGGUAGGUUUUACUUCAGCUUAUGUGUUUUCAGCAGGAAAAUCUGUACUUGGAUGGCACUGUAAAAGACAAAUCACCCAUGUAGAUCUUUUCAGUUCUCUGAAAUCGGAAUGUCGUUGCAUUUGCAGGUCACCUGCACAACAUCCAUAGAUGCCUCGCUGACAAAUUUGCUUUCAUUAUUUUUCAGAGGAUUGCUGUAUUACCUCAGUCUGCCACUAUCAGAAUUGCAAGGUGACCAUUGCCCUUAAUUAAAACAUACAGAGAUUUCAUUAUGAACCAAAGCCUAGAACGUAUAUUAUGCAUUCAAAACAAAAACAAACAAAAAAGGAUGGUAUUAGACCUUGCUGCAGCCUUUAACUGGAGAGAUGUCCAGAAAAUAGCGCAAUAACUGCUGGAACAAACAACUUUAACUGCUGUCGAUGUCAUUGUGAAGUAUUGUGUUUUAAUGUUUACUAUUGGUUGGAGUGUAACAGUCUUGCAUUUGCACAUAAGCACGAGCUGCUGUGAUAGAGGAUAGAUCAUUGCAUUAACUUCAGCUUCUGCAUGAACACUUACAGUGUGAUUCCAGAUGUAUCCUAAACUUGUCGUGUAACUCUUGUGUGUUUUCUAGGUAAUCGGCUGUAAAGGUUUAGAUCUUGAUUGUAUGAAUGCAUAAAACAACUGCUGCUUUUGUCACUGGUAUUUGUUAUUUAUCCCCUCUGUAUCCAGAGGAGGAUGGGUAUUUUUAUAGGGAUGGAGUGUAUUUUGUAAGAACUGUUCCAUCCUUUGGGAAUUAGACAGUUUUUGCUUUGCAUAUUAUGUGCUUCUCGACAAAAGUGUGGUAUAUUGACUUUAAGGAUUAAAUUAGUUGUGCAUUCAAAUCUUUAUGGUACUGAUGGAUAACUUACUGUGACUUCCAGUGAAUAGUCAGAUGCUACCUAUUUAAACACCAGUCAUCCAGCUUUUUCUUAAAUAUUUAUUAAACGAAACUGAUGAAGUAGUCGGGUACUCAGAAGUUUGGAAAGACUUAUGCAUAGACUUAACUGUUGUAUGUAAACUUCCACUUUCCUGCGAUGCUGUUAGGCUUUAUACAAAUAUCUUUGUAACAUCGGAGUAUUUAAAAGCAUCAUGAUUAUCUCAUUAAUUCUCUAGACUGUACUUUGGUCCUGGGCUAAAAUUCAGGAAGUGAGAGCCUCCUGACUUGCCAUGGAAAGAAAUGUGAAGUGCAAGAAGCCAUGCUGUUGUUAACCAAAUAAAAUGAUCAAUUGCAGUAUUCUGAUGUGUAUCUGAGAAAGUGGGAAAAAACCCAACAAACCACCGAAACAAAAUUCAUUCUUAUUGCCCAAGUAGGUACCAGCGGUUACUGUACAAGUUGUAUUGGGUGCAGUUGCUUGAUGCCAGUGCUGAAUUGGUACAACUAUAAAGCCUCAUUUUCACUGAGCCUCUGCUUGCUUUUUUUCUGCACAAUCAUAUAAUCCUAUGUGUUUGGUCUUUGAGUACUACAUGUGUAUUUUUCAGACAAUUAGUUUUGAGCAAUAAAGUUUGAUAUUAUAAAA